AUGGACCAAGAAACUGCGAAGAAGCUUCUUGUUGAAGGAGGAACAUUCGUGUUCCUGGGUGUACCUGAAGAAACACAAUUUGGUAUUGACAUGCAAUGUUGGAAUACCGAGGAAGAUUUUCGGGGAAUAAAAAUGAUUCCACCCGGGUUACAUUAUAUACAUUAUUCUGCUGUUAGUAAAGGUACUGGAGACGUCUCACCCAGGUCGGGAUUCAUGCAAUACUUCCACAAAAAAGACUUCAUUGUUAAAAUGUGGGAUAAGAAAUCAGAAGAUAUAAGCAAAGAAGAAAUCAGUGAAGAAAGUAUUCAGCGACUGAAAGAUAACUUGCUUAAUUUAGACAGACAUCUUGCACCAUAUCCUUAUGACAUAUGGCAGAAAUGGAGGCUUUUGUGUUCUCAAAUUACAGCGGAACUAGCUGCAAAGCUUUCACCAGAAAAUGGUUUAAUCAGAGCUUCAGUAGAGCUACUUUCUAUGACUGAUGCAGAAAGGCCAAGAGGAAAAAAGUCUACUGAAGGUUCUAUGGGAGGAGAAGAUUCUGAAGAAAUUUCUACAAAAGAAGAGGAUGCGGCCGAGGAAUCUACAUGUGGACAGUCAGAUGCUAAAAGAGCAAAGAGAAUUACAAGAGAAGAAAGAGAAGAUGCUAUGUUACCAGUUUUAAAACCGGCUCCAGGUACAGCUAUGAGGUUCACAGAAAUUCCGCGUGACAAAUUUCCCCCUGGUUCAACACCAGAAGAAAUAACAAAGCAUUACCUAGACCAGUCCUACACUUUGGAAUUGAUGAUUGCACAGCAUGAUGAACCCCUCCACAUCAUAGGAGAGCUGCAAUUCGCCUAUUUAUGCUUUCUUAUUGGGCAUUCCUUGGAAGCAUUUGAACACUGGAAGAAUCUUGUGAUACUGCUAUGUUCGUGCGACGACGCCAUUCAUAAAUAUAGAAGCGUUUUCUUCCACUUCAUCAGAACCAUUGAAAUUCAGAUUGAGGAGAUGCCAGAGGAUUUUCUCGCAGAUAUUGUCAUGAAUAAGAACUUAGUUUACAAGAAGCUGCGCGAAUUCUUUCGUACUGCAUACGUAAGCAAGGUUGAUGGAAGAUUGCUAACAAUGAUUGAGAGAUUUAAAGAGAAUUUGACAGAGAAACUUCAGUGGGACUUCACAGGUUUAGAUGCAGAUGAAGAGGAUGAAAGACCAGUUAUUGUGAGACUUAAUGAGGAAGUUGAAUAA